ACACUGAUGAUCAGUGUUGUGUAAACGAUGUCCGGAAUAUGUUACAAAUAAAAUUUCAUUUUAUUUGAUUUGUACAACACAUAUUCUUCUUCUUAAUUUGUUCUUUUCGUUGCCUUGUGUAAAAAAAAAAUGGGCACAUAUCACGUUGAACAUGCGGAUUUGUCUAUAACAAUUAUUACAGAUGUAUUGAGUUUUUCCUUUAAUACUGUUGGUACAUUUUGAGAUUGCGAGAAAAGUGUGUUUUUUUUCUGUUUAUAUGUACGUCUUACAUAUGUAUGUAUAUGUACAUAUGGUGAGUUUUGCUUUUCGUCAAGGUGCUCUCUCGCAGUUACAACGGAUCAGACCGGGUUUAUUGAUAAGUGAGCGAUAGAGAGAGAAAGCUGCAAAAGAAAAUUCCAUCAACUCCCGGCAUCUCACAACGACCAGGCGAAAAUCAAGAGAGAGAGAUACCUACUACUGAAAGUUCAACACGAGAGAGGACACCAAAAGGAAAUUUUGCUUGUGAGAAUUUUGCCUAUGGUCGUUUCGCAUGUGACCGAGUUUUCGCAGUGUGUGCAAAUGAGAUCGACGCAGCACAUCCACGGGUGUGUGUGGAAAAUCAGUGAAAUUUUCCUUUAAAACUCCCAAAGAAUUAUAUAUAACAACUAGAGUGCAAAAAGAAAAGUCUCUAAAUGUAGUGUUUCAACAAGGAGAAAAAUCAGCAAGGAUACAUGGAUUUUUAGCCCAGGAGAUAUGAUUAAAAAAAAUGUGCGAACUGACUGUGAAAAAUACUUAUGUAUAUAUAAAUAAAAUCGUAGAUGUGUAGUGCUAUCUCUUUGGGUAGGGGAGUUGCGAGUGAGUGAGAUAGUUGGGGAAUUUUUUUUAAAGAGAAGUGUCUACCAACCAGCAGUGCUUAUAGAAUUUGUCGAGAGAACACAAGAACCGGGAGCAAGUUCUACUCGUCACAUUUCAUUACUGUGCUGUAUUUCGCGUCGCGAGCGACGAGUUGAAAAAAGUCGGUCACCAUUUAUAAAACUGUUUGGUUUGAUGCUUUUAUAAAAGCUGCUCAAACUCCAACAACGCGUUUAAUUUUUCUUCAUUGUGUAAUCAAACUAAUUCACAUUACAAUGCAUUCAAAUUUAGCUCAAAGAAGGUGCAUUUGAUUUUUCUUUUCUUUUCUUUUCAUUUUCUUUUCAUAUUGAGAAGAUAAAUAAUACAUAAUUUUUGGUGUGAUAUUGAAGGGAGAGAAAGUGCUUUAACAAGAAAAUUCUCAUCAUCAGACUAUUCAACAUUGAUUCUCUCCCAUGGCGGUGUGAUAUAACGUGAACUUUCCAGUAGUGGGUGUUUAAAGACUUUUUGCAAGAGAAAUUCUCAUAUUAUUUGUUACUUCAUUCUAAAAAAAACCAAGAGAUAGGGAAUUUCCAACAAAUCAUCGAAUUUUCCAAAGGAAAUUCAACAAAAGAAAAUCAUUUCACUUCUAGUGAAGUUAGCAUGAGAUUAAUGUCACCUGAAAGACCUCCAUCGCAGGAUGGUGGUCCAAUGUUGGAAUCACCGAGUUUAAUAAUGUCAUCAAUGCCGAUCGAGUCGAGCCAUGUGAUCCUGCAGCAGCAUAUUCAGUAUAGCAAUCCAGGGAUUGGUGGUGGCGGUGACGGCGGUGGCGGCGGUGGUGGGCAUAUUGUGAUAAAUGGGAAUGGCAUGGCAACGGGUAGUGGUGGUGGCAGUCGGAGUGUCAAUGGUCAGGGAGUAGUUGCGACGGGGGAGCAAACGGGGUCUUCCAAACUUUUGGUGCUACAGCAAACCGGUGAGAACUACAUUGCUGCAAGUCCACUGUCAUUUGCAGCAAAUGAAAAUAAUGGUGUUGGGAAUAUUGUUUUGCUGGCAACGGAGCAAAUGGAUGUAAAUCCCGGUGAUCACAAUGGGAUUGUAACAUCGGCAAAUGGUGGUGAUGAGGAAUUGACACCACUCACAUGGCUCCACAAUAAGGAUUUACUAAAGGGAAUCAAUCUAUCGUGUGCAAAAGUUCAAUCAAAUAGCGAUACAUUGAUUAAGCAGAAUACAACGGGAGCAAUGUCGCCAACAAGUGAUUUCUUGGAGGAUUCAUGUAUAUCUGAGGACAACACAUCAUCCAUUGUGUCCAAUUCGGAUCAGAGUAUUGGGAUCUACAGUACGGAGACAUCACCAAAGUUGUACAUAAGUCCCAACAAUAACAAUAACACCAUUAACAAGAAUCGCAAUCACUUGACAACAUCAACGAGAACUUCGGCUGUUCAAGUGAGCCCGGGUGGGACAACGACCGUCAUUGAAUACCAUUCAAGUGGGAAACAACAGCAGCACAAUGGUAUUGGUGGUCAGGCAGGAAAUGUAGCCAGUAGUACUGGUGGUGCUUCCACAUCCACCACAUCUACCACCACCACUACCUCAACACCCCAUCAACAUUUCCACAAAAAGUAUCUCCGGGAAGAGCAUGUGAAGACACUGAGACAAAAUCAAAAUGAUUCUGGCUUUGUCUCACCCACAACAGUGGGGCAGCAGCAGUAUGAGAGUCCACCGCAGCAGCAGCAGCAGGCUCCGUCUCCCACGCAGCCUGCAUCACCGCUGAGACAUCGAAGCGGUGGCGGUGGUGGGGGUCAGAGUCAGAAGACACACCUCGCCACCACCCCGUCGAAACACAAACACCCAACUAAUCAACCCUAUGAUCCCCAAGUACACACCACCAAUAAGCCACCGUUCAGCUUCAGCUCACUCAUUUUUAUGGCCAUUGAGGAUGCAUCGGAGAAGGCAUUACCCGUCAAGGAGAUCUACGCGUGGAUUGUCAGGCAUUUCCCAUACUUCAAGACAGCCCCGACUGGAUGGAAGAAUAGUGUUCGUCACAAUUUAUCUCUCAACAAGUGCUUCCAAAAAGUCGAAAAAGCCCCGAACAUGGGCAAGGGAUCUCUGUGGCGUGUUGAGCAGCAGUAUCGCCAGAAUUUAAUUCAGGCACUUACUCGUUCACCUUUCCAUCCAUUUUCAACAAAUUUCGACAAGACUGUGUACAAGACUCAGCAAGGGUCAAAUGACUCAUCUUCUGCCUCUAAGUCAUCGAGUGGACGUCCAUUGAAUGCCUCUCUGACGCCUCGUCUCUCAAAAUUUAUGGCUGAACUCGAUGCUCCACCGGAGCCGCCAGCAAGUCCACCGAUUGAGGAUGAGUACCGCCACUUGACGUCGUACAGCUACUAUGAGAAUGGGACAAAUGCUAUGCUCAAUGUGUUAGUCAAUAGUAAUGAAAAUGGUGGUAGCAGUGCCCCAAGUAGCAAUGGUGGGAGUCCAGAGAAAAUUGCAAGAGACUGGGGUGCUGAUAGUAGUAUUGAGGAUGUCAAUGCUGCCACAGCAAUGUUAGCACUCAAGCAUGGGCCCAAGGUGUUUGCUGAAAGCUUCCAAAAUGGGCGUCCAGUGAUUACAUCUUCACCAAGUGAGGAUCACACAUAUUCCGCUGGUGGGAACAAUGGUACUACAUCCACGGGAAUCGGGAAUUUGUCCGCAAAUUCGUCCAACAGCAAUAGUUUGGACAAUACAAGCAAUGGUACAUCAUCGGAUGCUGCGUAUGAGAGUAGUGAGGAAAGUCAAAUGACAUCACGUGCUCAGGAAGAUUUGGAGGAGCAACGUCGCAAGGCGGAGGGUGUUGAUGCCCUGCUAAAUUUAGCUGGGGUCUCACUACCACCUACAGCUCCCAUUAUGCUGAAGCGUUCUUCAGUGGACAAUCAAUUCCACUAUCAGACAUCAUCGACAGACGCAGAGACCCCCCUAUCGUCCCCAUCGCCCUCAAAGCGCUCCAAACAGAGGCCCAUUCGUACCAAACUCAAGAAGAAGGCCGCCUGGUUGCGGUAAUAUCAGAUGCAUCAGCAGCUACUAGGUAGUCUCGAGUAGGAAGAGUGAGUUUUUUAAUUUUUGAAUUUUUAUUUCUUCCAUUUUCUCCUCUAAAUUGUUCUUUAAAAAAAAAUAGAAAUGAUAAUGUUUUUUAGAUUGUAUAUUAUUUUUAAUGUUUUAACCUUAUUAGUGACACUAUAUAAUAUACAUUUUAUUAAAUUAUCAUAAAUAAUGUAUGAGAAUAUAAUAGUUGCUAGAACAUACCACUUAUACUACUACUACUACUACAUGAAGCUCUUACAAUGAUGGAAAAUUCUCAAAGAAAUGAAGAAAAAAAAAAGAAAUAAAUAAAUGAAUGAAACUUAAACUGAAUCAAUGCAACAAGACAUUUUUUUUUUCAUAAGAAAAUUUUAAAAAAAAGUGUUCUAAAGCAAUUUUUCCGUGUUGGCUUUGUUGAAUUACUAAAAUAGUAAAGAAAAAAAGUGGAUAUUAUAGCUGCAAAGAAGAAGUAAAGAAGAAGAAAAAAAGAGGAAGAAGUGAGAUGAAAGAUGAGUAAUUAAAAAUUGCAUUAAAUUACCAAUAUAUAAAACAUAUAUAUUCACUAUUAUAUUUAGAAAUUAUUAACUGAUAAAACAUGUUUACAAGACAACAAUCCAACAAGAUAGCUAAUGUAAACAAAUUUUCAAGCAAUAUCAGCGAGGUAAUGUAUAGUUUGUGGUUAAUUAAUUGCAAGACAACUUGCAUGCGAAGGUGGUGCAAAAUGUGGGGAUUUUAUUUUCCAUUUGAUAAAAAAUACGGAUGAAAUCUUUUCUGGUCAGAUGAUUCUGUUUUUAAUCAGAAGAAUAUUCCGUUUUGAUCAGAAGAAUCAGAAUAAUGAGUUUUGGUCAGAAAAACGUUCCAAUUCAAUGAGAAAUGUUCCAGUUUUGUCAGAAAAAUCUGCCAUUUUGAUCAGGAUAAUAAGAAAUUAUUCAAGAUAAUUAGCAAUUGAUCAGCGAAACGGAUUCAUGAUCAAAAGAGUUAAUACAUUCUGGUCAUAAAAAAAACGUUGAUAAUGAAAAUUUGACAUGAUCAUCAUUCUGUCACUUUGAUCAGAAAAAUAUAAAAAUGAUCAUGUAAAUAACUGAUCGAUUGCUAAUUAUUCUGAUUAAUUGCUAAUUUCCUGAUUGAGUGUCAUAUUUUUCUGAUCAAAAUGGCAGGUUUUUCCGACCAAAACGAAACAUUCUUCUGAUCAAUAGCAUAAUUUUCUGAUCAAAAGAUGGAACCAACAAAAUACGUAUUAAAGGAAAAAUUUAAUUAAAUUAAUUUUGAGACUUUCGAUCAAUGCAUUGUUUUCGGUCUGAAAGUACAAAUAAAAAGAGGAUAUUACAUAAAUAUACCUAUAUAAUAUGAAUGGAAGAGAGCUAAACAGAAUGUAGGUAUUCAAAAUUUUAACAGCCUGCAGUGAAGUGAUUCGUUGAAGAAAAGGAUGUUGCAUGAUAAAUGAGGAGAAUGACUAAAAAAAAAACUGCUGGAUAGGUCCCAUUACGAUGUGGAAAAUUUCCCUCUUUUGCAAUCCUUACGGUCUGAUCAUACUAUGGUUUUAAAUGUGCUUAAGGGGGGACUCAUGGGCAAACUGUUGGAAUUGAAACAUAUUUAAUGUUUUUUAUUUUUUGGGGGUUUUUCUUAAACUUGGUUUUCCGAUGUUGGUUACAUUUAAAGACUUAUUGAAGUGUAAGAAAAUCACUUUCCGCCAUUUUAGGUGUGACCCCAUCUUGUAAUUUUUUCGACUUUUCCACAGAACUGCCCUAAAACACAAAGGUAGGUUUUUCUCGGGAUCUAUUGGAUGGAUUUUAAUGGGGUAAAAAGCAAAUGAAAGAGGAAGUAUCAACGAACAAUGUACCAGAACAGAUUUUUGAAUUUAAACUUUGAAGCUGAGAAAAGUAGAAAAAAAUUCUUGUGCACUUUUCAUAGCUUCUGAGUGGAAAUUCAAAAAUUCAUUCCGGUACAUUGUUCGUUGAUACUUCCUCUUUCAUUUGCUUUUUACCCCAUCGAAAUCCAUCUAGUAGAUUCUAAGAAAAACCUACCUUUGCGUUCACCAGCUCUCAAAAGAGACCCCCUUAAAGGUUUCUAAUUUUUCUUAGGUUAAAGACAUUUCUUUUAAUUUCAAAUUCUCAUGGAAUUUUAAUCAGAAAUCGUUGUAAAAAUUCGUUCCAAAACCUUUUUCUUAUAAUAAAGAAAAAGAUUUUUAAAAUAACCUCAAAAAAUCGAUUUAUAUGAUUUUUUUUGUGGAUUUCAAAGAAAUAAUUCAUUGAAUGGGACUGUGAAGAGGAACAAUAAAGGAUUGCAACAUACAACAUUAGAAGCUUUGUCAACACUCGAGGGCAUGUAAAAUUGUAUAAGAAAAAACAUUAAAGAUUAGUUAAGAUGUAGAUAAAUGAAAAUACGUACCAGAAAAUUACGUGGAAAUUCUGUUAAGCUGACAUUAUACACACACAUUUUUCUGUUCAACUUGUUGAAUGUUAAGCAAAAAAAAAAAGAAGUAUCACACUUGAUAUAAAAAAAAACAUUAGGAUGAAUAUUAUAAAAAUAAUAAAUUCACGCUUCUCUUUAACAAAAAUGUGAAACAACAAUCACUUAGAAAAAGAAAGAUUGUACUAAAUGUAUUUUAUUACGACGAGAAGGUAAGUUAAUAAAAAAAAACUGAGAGAGGUUUUAAAGAAUUAAACACUGAGAAAAAAAACGUAUAAAAGCGUUUUAGAGUAGUGUAAUGAUGGAUAAACUCAAAAUGAAAAAAGUAGAGAGAAAAGAAAACGCAAAACAUAUUUUUGAUGAUAAAAGUAUAGAAUGAAAAAUAAAUCCACAACACAAUUUAAAUGAAAAAUGAUAACAUUUUGGUGUAAUUUAACGCCAAUGUAACUUGCUUAUCUAGUGCUUUUACUUUUAAGGAAAUUAUAUACACACACCCAGAGUAUAUAAUGUGGCUAGAGAAUGAGAAGGAAAAAAAAAAAGUGAGUAAAUGACAUUUUUUGAAAGGUGUAAAAAUGGUGGAGAUAGAGAAAAAAAAUUUAAACAAUGUUACCAAAUUCUAAAUGAAACUUAUUAGCGCUUUCCUGUUACACAAAAAAAAUGAAAAAUAAGAAAUAUUAUUAUAGCAUGAUAUGAAGAUACAUGUAGAUAGUUCUUCUUUUUAUUUUUCUCUCUUUGCGAAAAUGCAAGAGGAGAUGAGAAUUGCCCAGCACCCACACUUGUUAAGCAAUAUAAUCUAAAAAAAACUAAAUGAGAGAAAUGAGUGAUGUGUGUGUUUUUAUUUGGGAAAUAUGAAUACACUGUCAUGAAAAAGUUUCCGGUCAAAUGAAAAUGGGGAUUUUUUUAAAUUUACACAUUUUUAAUGUUGUAAUUUUUGGGGGUUUUCUUAAACUUGGUUUUCCGAUGUUGGUUACAUUUGAAGCCUAAUUAUUGAAGUGUAAGAAAAUCACUUUGCGACAUCUUGUGAUUUACCGACUUUUCCACAGAACUGCCCUAAAACACAAAGGUAGAUUUUUCUCAGAAUCUACUGGAUGGAUUUCGAUGGGGUAAAAAGCAAAUAAAAGAGGAAGCAGCAACGAAAAAUGUACCGGAACGAAUUUUGGAAUUUCAACUUUGAAGCUGAGAAAAGUAGAAAAAUAUUCUUGUGCACUUUUCAUAGCUUCGGAAUGGAAAUUCAAAAAUUCGUUCCGGUACAUUGUUCGUUGAUGUUUCCUCUUUCAUUUGGUUUUUACCCCAUGGAAAUCCAUCCAGUAGAUCCUGAGAAAAACCUACCUUUGUGUUUGUGAUAGUAUCGUGGAAAAUCACAAGAUUUUUUUACUCUUCAAUAAUAAGUCUUUAAAUGUGAUCAACACUUGAAAACCAAGUUUAAGAAAAACUCCAAGAAAAAUAAAAACAUUUAAUUUCAUCAAGUCUCAAAAGAAACCCCCCUUAAAGAAGUUUAAUCGUUUGUAUAUGAGCUCAACACGCGUGCUUCUUGUAAAGCAUUAAAAAAUGCUCAGAUCACGCUUGAAAAAUAAAAGAAAUAGUUUUUAUUGGGAUUAGCUAGGAAAACCAAAAAAAUCUAAACAAUGAUUUUAUGUUUUCUUUUUUGAGUUAAUUAAAAUGGCCGUCAAACAAAGAAUAUAACCUUUCCAAAACUAUUUCAAUUGUUAAAACCGAUUAACUACAAACGGAAUAAAAACUGAAAUACUUUUCCUUAAAAAAAUCAUCAAUUUUUGCUUGUCCGAAUACCUUUUUACUGCAGUGUAUUUCUUCUCUGUGCCCUCCUUUUCCUUUUUAGAUAGGUAUGAAAGAGGAAUAUUAAAAAUGAGAGUGUUUUAGACGAUCAUAAAACCAAUUACCAUAUUUUAUUUUUCUAAACUGCUUUUUGUGGCAUUUCACAGCGCGAUUUGUUAUUAAAAAAAACAUUGUUUUCUUCAAAAUGUGCCAAAUGCUUUAUUUUUUAAUUUUUAUUGAUUUGUUUUUAAUAUUCUAUUUUUUUUUAAAUUGUUAUCCCAAAUUGCUUAAAAAGAGAAUGCUAAGAAAUUAUUAUAUGAAUGGCAUUAAAAUUUUAUUAGUGCCAUAGCACCAUGUAAAAGAUUGUCUUUCGAUUUUUUUGAUCUAAAAUUUAUUUUAAAAAAAUUUCCCAAAAUUAAUUAGAAUUUUACCUUUUUGAAAAUUGAUUAAAAACCUAAAAAUUUGUUGCAUGGUGUAGUUUUUAAUGAAAUUUCAAUACAAGAUGAAAGAAAAACAAAACUUAGUCAUCUUCACUACCUCUUCCCUCUUAAUUUUUUUUGUUAAAAUAUAAAUCCAUUUAUUGCUUAUUUUAUGCAAAUACAGUUUAAUUUUUUUGCUUAAUUUCUCCUCCUCAAACUGUCUUCCAGAUCUUCAACAAUUAGAAUUUAACAAAAAAAAAUGCUAUUAAAGAAAAUGGUUAAGAGAUGAAUGUUGUUGCUGUUUCUAUUUCUUUAUUUCUUAUCUCUCGCUCUUGAUAAAAAAAAAACUUUUAAAGUAGGAAAUGUAUUAAAGAAAAGAAAUGAAUCAAAGUUCUUAAGGGUCUCUUGUCUCAAAAGAUAUUCCAAAAAAGGUUUUUUUUUUUCCAUUUUCUUUAAAUUAUUCGGAAUUUUUGUAAUUUGUACAGAAAUGAAUAAAAUCGAAAGCAAUAUUUAUUGAAUUUGUAAUUUGUUAUUCUACAAUAAACAUUGUAGAAAUAAUUCAUCCCUCCCCCCCUCCUCCCACAGAUGAAUGGUAGAGAAAGCGAAAAAAAUUUAGAAAUGAAAAAAAGAGAAAAGAAACAUUUUGAAAUAGAUUUGCGAUGAAUCACUAUCAUUAGCCGUUAAUUACUUAUUAUUAAAAAUAUUGAUUCUAAGAACCUUAAAUAAAUUCAUACUAUGUAUAUUAUGAGAUGAUGAAGAAAAAAAUAUAUAUUAACUAUGAUUAUAAGUGAGAAAAGAUGAAGAAGAAAACUCUUAUAAAGUCGCUACCACUAUUAAAUUUUAUCAAUUCUAGAGUUUAAUAAUAAUGCCUUUUUCCUUGUAAAAGUGAAUCAAUAGGAGGAACAUUUUUUUUGUGAAUGAGAAAAGUUUAGUGGGUGGUUUAAGAAAAAAAUAAUAAGAAGGAUUAGUAUAUAUAAUGGAGACCUUAUGAAAAAUGUUUUAUUUAAAUAUAGUGAUGAAAAAUAAUAAGGAAUGUAUAAACUACAAUUUCAAAAAAAAGGAAGAACCACUUGAAGCAAAUAUUAAAUUAACUUAAAAAAAUA